AUGAAUACAGAUCGAGAGCUGUUCAUCCAAGAGCUUGUGGCUGCACUACAGGAAAAGAAAGUGACGUCAAAUGAUGUUUUGUUUCACUCUAACUCAAGUGCUGAACAUGACAGUCAUUCAAGCUCUGAAAGUGACAAUACACUCCAAGAAUUCACUGGACUCUUUCAGUCGCAUUUAUUGUCCCCAUCCCCAACCGAUCGAAUGGAAAUGGCACGUGAUGCAUACAAUCAACUUCAAUUUGAUUUUCCGCAAGUUCAUGAUGCAUCAAUUGAAGCAUUAGCAGAAAUCUACCGACACAUAGUGAGCGACAAAUUUAAUGGUCUUGUGUUCGAAUUUUCAAUUACUGCUACAUUAUUGGAUGGUGUUACAUAUUUGAACGAUCAAACUUUGUCCGAUCAUAAUAUAUUGUCGUCCAGUUCGAAUAGUAGUGGGUUACUAGCUGCAUCAAUAUUAUUGCUAGUUUUUCGUUUUUGUUUGGAAAAGCCAAAGCAUGUUAUUGUGGACGAACUCUUGUCACUGGUCGUACAGCCCGAACAAAUGCUGCAAACAUUACAAGAUGAUACAAUGACACAUCAUGUAGGGAUGAAGAAAAAUGGAGAUGACACUAUCAAGACUUCAUUUGAGGCAAAGUUGCAAUUUCUUGCCUCCCGCACCUUUUCGUCCUCAUUUGACAAUGUACCAAUUGAAAAAUGGAAAUUGUGGCAUCUCGAUGAUGAAAUUAUUGCAAUAAUAAAGUUACUCUUAGGCACUCAUUCUUUUCAAGAUGAGAGUACAGGUUGGACGAGAGAAGAGAGUGCGUACAAUAUUACAUCCAUUCUUUACGGUCCAAGUGGCGAGUGGAGUCGCUAUUUGUUUAUCUUACGAGAUCGAGUGUUACAUUCUCCUGAUGCUAAUCGUACCUCGUUAUGGUAUUUGCAACAGUUACUCAAUUAUUUUCAUAGUUGUCACUUUAUUGCAUCACCAAUAUUUUUACAUGUCAAAUUUUUGGAUGUGCCUCACUAUCUCGUUUAUCGUGUACUGCUUGAGCUUGCACAGUCACAAGAGUUUCAACUUCAGAGUUCUCAACGCGCUUCUCAAGAGCUAUCAAAAGUUAUAGAAGAAGUCUUGCCUCUAUUUAUGGAAGAGAUGCAAUAUAUUGUGUCGUUAUCAAGUGCAACAAUUGAGUAUGAAAAAUUCGUGACAGAGAAAAGAAACCAAGUGGCAACUGUCAUAAUGCAACUAUUGAACGAAAUGCUACUUGCAACUUCAAAUUUGCGUGCAAUAACCAAAAAACUGUAUGCAAGUGGCAUGAUCCGUACAUUGCUCAUGCUCUUACCGUCUGAAAUCGAUCACUUCGACUUGGAUGGAAACACGUCAUGGGUUUCUGCUUUUCUUCGUCUUAUAGGCGAAUGUACCAUGUGGUACGCAGAUAUUGCCGUCUACUUAAGUCGUGUUGCCAAAUUUGUCAAGUUACUUCCCAUAAUGCAAAACUAUUUUGUGACUGAAAUAUUUCUUGUGGCAUUUGCAUUUCAUCAACAUGAAAUACCACUGCAAAAUGGGUUAAAUAUCAAAAUUUGGGACACUUUUCAAUCCACUCAAUUCUUUCCACUCUUGUGUAAUUCGUAUCUCGAUUCUGUAACCAAGCUCCAGAAUGUGCUAUUUGUACUCAAUUCGCUUCAAAAGAGCUUACGAAUAUUGCGACCUGUAGUACAAGAAGAACUGCAGCAGAAUUUAAAAGUUAUUUACGCGAAUUUGACGCAAUUCUUUAAGUAUCCAAAGUCUACGAAGCCGCAAGUAUUGAAAGAUUCGACAAGAAUAAUUGAUAAAGAAAAAGAGGGUGAAGAAGCUGAAACGCUGCAAUAUGUUGCAUUGCAAAACAAGUUGCGACAAAGUAUUAAGUUGCUUUUAAUUGCACAAUCUUCAAACUCACAAGUUGACGGUUGUGUGACGUCCAAAUUCGAUUAA